AUGGCCGCCGCUUUCGAUGAGGAAGACCUCGCCAUCCCCCUUGGCCCCUCCGACCGUGAUCGUCGUCCAAGGGCACCUCCUAACCCCUCCGCCAUGGCAAUGCCCCCGCCAUCGAGGCCGACCGGCAGGAAUGAGGAUCCGAUACAGUCCCCCUCCACCACGCGGGACAUGCAGCGCCUCGACCAGUAUCAGACCGUGAAGAUACUCGGAGAGGGGUCAUUUGGUAAGGUGAAGCUCGCCAUUCACCAGCCAAGUGGUCGGCAGGUGGCUCUCAAGAUCAUCUCACGACGCAAGCUGCUCUCCCGAGAUAUGGUUGGUCGGGUGGAGCGCGAGAUUCAGUACUUGCAAUUGCUCCGACACCCUCACAUUAUCAAAUUGUACGAGUCCCCGCGAUCCAUGUGUGCCAUUGUGGUUUCAGAUGACUGA